GAGAGGGUAAUGAAGAAAUCAGUAAUAUGAUUCAUAACUAUAUCAAGGAAAUUGAGGAUCUCAGAGCAAAACUAUUGGAAAGUGAAGCAGUGAAUGAAAACCUUCGGCGCAACUUGUCAAGAGCUUCAACAAGGUCAACAUACUUUGGUGGGCCCUCAGCGUUUUCUGCCUCAAUGCUUCCUUCUGAUAAGGAAACAAUUGAAAUCCUGGAUCUAGCUAAAAAAGACUUAGAAAAACUGAAGAAAAAGGAAAAGAAGAAGAAAAAAAGGCUGCAGAAACUUGAGGAAAGCAGUCAAGAAGAAAGAAGUGCUAUUAAAGAAGAAAACACAGAUAAUGAGCAGGAGAAAAAGGAUGAAAAAGGCAUUUCUGAAAGAGAGAUUAAUGAGCUAGAAGCAGAAGAUGGGCAUGAGCCCAGCGACCAUGAGGAUGAUGAGGAAGAAGAAGAUGAAGAUGAAGAUGAUAUGGAGGUGGUUGAAAGUUCAGAUGAAUCGGAUUCUGACUCUGAUGAAAAAGCAAAUUAUCAGGCAGAUUUAGCAAACAUUACAUGUGAAAUUGCCAUAAAACAGAAGCUGAUUGAUGAACUAGAGAAUAGCCAACGAAGACUACAGACUUUGAAAAGGCAGUAUGAAGAAAAGCUAAUGAUGCUACAGCAUAAGAUUCGAGACACGCAGCUUGAAAGAGAUCAGGUGCUUCAGAACCUGGGUUCAGUGGAGUCCUACUCGGAAGAAAAAGCAAAAAAGAUUAAAACUGAAUAUGAAAAGAAGCUCCAGUCCAUGAAUAAAGAACUGCAGCGACUUCAGGCAGCCCAGAAAGAACAUGCACGAUUACUUAAAAAUCAGUCUCAGUAUGAAAAGCAGCUGAAAAAAUUGCAACAGGAUGUGACAGAAAUGAAGAAAACAAAGGUUCGUUUGAUGAAACAAAUGAAAGAAGAACAAGAGAAAGCAAGGAUGAAUGAAUCUAGAAGAAACAAAGAGAUUGCACAGCUUAAAAAAGAACAGCGGAAACGAGAGCAUCAGCUAAAACUUCUAGAGGCUCAAAAGAGGAAUCAGGAAGUUAUUCUACGCCGCAGAACUGAAGAGGUUACAGCUCUUCGCAGACAAGCCAGACCUAUGUCUGAUAAAGCGUCUGGGAGGGUGAGUCGGAAGCUGAGUCUACCUGAGCACUCAAGUCAGGAAGCUGCAUCCUCAGUAGACAGUGAUGGAUCAAGAGCAGUCUCCCAACAGAAGAUAAGAAUACCCAUAGCAAGGGUCCAAGCAUUACCAGCAACAAAUGGAACCAAGAGUAAGUAUCAAAGAAAAACAAUGACUUCAAGAGUUUAUACUUCUAAGAGUGCAAGAAUGAAAUGGCAGUUACUUGAACGGAGAUUAACAGAGAUUAUUAUGCAGAAGAUGACUAUAUCUAAUAUGGAAACCGAUAUGAAUAGAUUAUUGAAGCAACGUGAAGAACUUACCAAAAGGAAAGAAAAGCUUUCCAGAAAAAAGGAGAGAAUAAUCAAAGAGAGUGGCCUAGUUGUAGAUAAAAACAUCCAUAAUAUCAGCGAAGAGAUGGAGUCACUAGUGGCCAAUAUAGAUUACAUCAAUGACAGUAUUUCUGACUGCCAAGCAAAUAUCAUGCAAAUGGAAGAAGCAAAGGAGGAAGGAGAAACUUUAGAUGUCACAGCUGUUAUUAACGCCUGUACUCUCACUGAAGCUCGCUAUUUACUUGAUCAUUUCCUUACCAUGGGCAUUAAUAAGGGUCUCCAGGCAGCUCAAAAAGAGGCACAGAUCAAAGUUCUUGAAGGACGCCUUAAGCAAACGGAAAUUACCAGCGCUACCCAGAACCAACUCUUAUUUCACAUGUUGAAAGAGAAAGCAGAAUUAAAUCCUGAACUAGAUGCUCUCCUGGGCCAUGCGUUACAAGACCUAGAUAGCAUACCAUUGGAAAAUGUGGAAGACAGUACUGAUGAAGAUGCUCCUUUGCAUAGUCCUGGGACAGAAGGAAGUUCUUUAUCUUCAGAUCUUAUGAAACUUUGCAGUGAAGUCAAGCCUAAAAAUAAGGCACGCCGUAGGACAACCACCCAGAUGGAAUUGCUUUAUGCUGAUAGCAGUGAUUUAACAUCAGAUGUCAGUGCAGGAGACUCAGUUGUGUCUAGUCCUCUUGCAUCUGUUGCAGAAACUCAAGAAAGUGGAAUUGAUUCUGACAUGAAAGAACCUUCUGCCAGGGACAGAGAGGCCAUUCUGUUGCUGUCACCCUUGCCUUCUAAGUCUGCCAGCGUAUCCAAACAGUCAUCAUCUCCGACCGAAAAAAAAAUGCCAGAAUCUUCACCUGUAUCAAAGAGAAAAAGCUAUGAGAAAUCUGGAGAUAAGCCUAAGUCAAAAGAACAAAAACACUCAGAUUCUGGAACCUCAGAGGCUAGUCUGUCACCUCCUCCUUCCCCACCAAGCCGGCCCCGUAAUGAACUGAAUGUUUUUAGCCGUCUUACUGUUUCUCAGGGAAUCCCAUCAGUUCAGAAGGAUAAGUCUGAUGAAAGUGAUUCUUCUCUGUCGGAGGUACACAGAGGCAUAAUCAACCCAGUUUCUUCAAAAUGUGUCCGACCUUCUCCAGUUCAGUGUACCUGUAUUGCUGAAGGUCAUACGAAGGCUGUGCUUUGUGUUGAUUCUACUGAUGAUCUUCUCUUCACUGGAUCAAAAGAUCGAACUUGUAAAGUAUGGAAUUUAGUUACUGGACAGGAAAUCAUGUCUCUGAGUGGUCAUCCCAACAAUGUUGUAUCUGUAAAAUACUGUAAUUAUACUAGUUUGGUGUUCACAGUCUCAACAUCUUAUAUUAAGGUGUGGGACAUCCGAGAAUCUGCUAAAUGUAUCCGAACACUAACAUCUUCAGGCCAGGCGAUGCCAGGGGAUGCCUGCUCUGCAAAUACCAAUAGAACAGUUACAAUUCCAGCUGGCGAGAACCAGAUAAAUCAGAUUGCUUUAAAUCCAACGGGCACUUUUCUAUAUGCAGCUGCAGGAAAUGUGGUCAGAAUGUGGGACCUGAAGAGAUUUCAGUCUACAGGAAAGCUAACUGGUCACUUGGGCCCAGUUAUGUGCCUCACUGUGGAUUGUAUUUCCAGUGGACAAGAUCUUAUAAUUACUGGCUCAAAGGACCAUUAUAUAAAGAUGUUUGAUAUAACUGAAGGAGCUCUUGGAACUGUAAGCCCUACACAUAAUUUUGAACCUCCUCAUUAUGAUGGCAUUGAAGCACUUACUAUUAUGGGUGACCAUCUUUUUAGUGGAUCCAGAGAUAAUGGAAUUAAAAAAUGGGACUUGGCUCAAAAGGACCUAAUUCAGCAAGUUCCUAACGCUCAUAAGGACUGGGUUUGUGCUCUUGGUGUCGUUCCCGAUUCCUCUGUGCUGCUGAGUGGCUGUCGAGGAGGGAUUCUGAAGCUCUGGAGGGGCGACACGUUUGCACCAAUCAGUGAACUAAGAGGACAUGAUAGUCCUAUUAAUGCCAUCUGCUCCAAUUCCAGCCAGAUUUUUACUGCAUCUGAUGAUCGAACUGUGAAAAUCUGGAAAAUUCCCAGCAGUCUAGAUGGACCGAUCUCUGAUCCAGGUGAUACAAGUGAAGAUAUUGCCAGUAACUGAAUAGAAGUUGCACCACUAGAUGUCUCAAGCUCUGGGGAUAAACUUUGCUCUCACUGAAGUUGCUCUGCAUUUUUAGGCAAAUGGUAGCACCUGAAAGAACUGUUAAUUGUUCUACUGUUAGGCAUUUGUAUUCUGCUAAAAACUGCUGCCCUUAAGAGCUGCCUUAUGUACUGCAUUCAAAAUGUGUUUGUUGGUUUUAUAUAUGUCUGUGUGUGGGUGUGUGUGAAUGCUUGUUCUCACAUAUAAUGGCUUAGUUUGUGUGCAUAAAUAAGACUUUGCAAAUUAAACUGGACAUCUGUGAUUUUGAAUGGUGGUCUGAGAACUCUAAUCUAGAAUAUGAAGCUGCCCUAUGUACCUCACAUUGACCCUUCUGUGGAAUGAAACUUCAGAAUUAUCCACAAUAUACUGGUAUAUUUUAAUCUCAUUUCCAAAACCUUUAAUAGAAGAGAACUGGAGGGGUCCUAAAAAGUUUACUUGAAUUUUGCUGCUGUAUGAAAUAUUAAGAUUGGAAUGUCAAUAAACUGGGAGAGACGACUGCCCUUGACUGUUGCUGUUUCCAGACUGAGGGCUCCUGACAUUACAAAUCAAAAGAUACCAUGUGACUAAUCAGUCUUUGCAGUCAUCAUGAGAAAAUAGGGGAAGAUUGGAAAUUCAGAAUCAGUGAAUCCAGUGUCUGGAUUUCAUCUUGGUAAAACUACAUCACUAAGGCAGGAUCAUUGCACAGUAAAACCCUGGAAGCACCCUAUAUUCUGCUAACAAGGAAUAGUCCCAUAACCAGAGCAGUGCAGCUAUGUCUACUCUGCGCUCAGGACUAAAAACUAAAAUGCUGUUGAAUAAACAUUUUAAUAGGGCUUUUGCCUACCACAGUAUUCAUAGAGAAAUACCUUAAUUUUUUUUUU